AUGGCACCACAGCACCAGACUGUGCCGGACGUGUAUGGUCCAGGCUCUUACACCGAUACUUCAUUCACGCCUGUGCCAGAAGAGGCAUCAAGAAUCUUGCAAUAUAUUGCAGAGAAAACUCCCGGAUUCAACGCAUCUCCCGACUUCCUGAAGCAGGUCAAGUUCAGCGGUCAAGACCUGCCACUUCUACCAGGACCAAUCAAGGGGCAAAUAUUUAGCGCAGUAUGUCAGGGCAUGAUCGGCUUGGUCUCGAAAGAGAUCUGCGCACUCCGAGGGAUUGAGACAGGAGACGUACACGUGGACACCGACCUCGCGGCUCUGUACCCAGCCACUGUGGGACUCGUCACGGUUGAUGGCCAGGACUGGAAGGCGAUCCAGAAGAACCGAGUCGUGCAGAAAGCUGGACUCGAUGUCGACCAGGGUGUCAUCAGCAAAACGCCCAUGCGGUUCCGAUCAUGGUCAAUCUAUCCGACCAAAAACGGCAAUGAAUGGUUCCAGCUUCUCUCCUCCCUCAGCCCGGUGGACUUCCUAGCAACUUUUGGUCUCAACGCAGACGACCCCGAUAUCAAGACCAAUGACCAAGCUUACGAGAAGAUCAAGUCUGUCACCACUACCUACUCUGCUCGGGAGCUCGAACACAUUUGCAUCGAGAAAGGAUACGUCGGUCAGACUGUGCUUUCUCCCAAGGCAUGGAGGGAGACCUCCAUGGGUAAAGCGCUUGCGAAACACCCAAUGGUCAACUACAAGCAAGUAAGAGGAACACAAGACCUCCCUCGGGUGCCUCUGCCAGUCAACAUCAGCGACAAGAGGCCAUUGGCAGGCGUCAAAGUUGUGGAGUUCUCUCGUGUGAUUGCUGGUCCUGCUAUCGGCACAUAUCUGAGCGCUCUCGGCGCAGAUGUCAUUCGAAUUCAGUCUCCAGAUCUGCCUGAUCUUGGCUUCCUUAGUGUAACGUUGCAGGCUGGCAAGAGAGUCGCGUCACUCGAUCUGCGGACGUCAGAGGACCGCGAAGAGGUCCAAGGACUUCUCAAUGACGCUGAUGUCUUAGUUCAAGGCUUCCGUCUCAAGUCUCUUGAACGCAAGGGCUUCGGUCUGGACGACAUGGUGCAACUGGCUCGUCAGCGUAACAAAGGCAUGGUCUACGUCGACAUCAACUGCUAUGGCCCAGAUGGCUACUAUGCUGAGCGCCCUGGUUAUCAGCAGAUUGCGGAUUGUGCGUCAGGCUGCUCUUACAUCAAUGGCUUGGCAUAUGGAUUGCCAGAAGGCACUGGUGUCUUGCCAUCGCUUCCGAUCGCCGACAUGCUGACCGGCGCUGUCGGUACUCUGGUGACUCUGCUCGGAAUCCGAGACAGAGCGGUCAAGGGCGGUAGCUACCAUGCCCAUGUUGCACUCACUGCCCUCGACACAUGGCAAUUGGAACCUGAGGUCGGUCUCUACUCCAAGGACAUCGUCGCCAGGGUGCAGGACACCUACAAGUUCGAGCCGAUGAGACCACAUCAUAUGGUUACCGAUUUGUUGGACAUUAUGGUCCGCGCAUGGCAAGAGAACUCAGACGUCCUGAAGAAAGAAGACAGAUUCGUCACAUUUGACACCAAGUUCGGCAAGAAGCAUCGUAUCCUAGCGCCAGGUUUCAAGUUCGACAUUGCAGAGCCUUCGCCAAGAUGGACGUACGGUCCAGUACCAAAUGGAGGAGAGAAAGGGCUGAAGUGGCAGGGCGUGGCAUAG